AUGUCUGAAGAACUUUUAAAGAAAGAACAGAAAGAAGAAGAGGAACACGAAGAAAAAACAGAAAACAAAGACGAAAAAGAACCAAAAGAAGAUGAAAAUGAAACUAAUUCUUAUGAAGAAGAAUAUUUUGGGGAAGAAGAAGGAUUAUCUCACGAUGAACAUGAGAAUAAAGAAUGGAAACUGCAUAUCCCAGAUUGUCCUGAAAAAGAACUUAAAUCAGCAACUAAUCCAACCAUCAUGACACUUGAAAAAUUACCAACAUGGGCAAAAGAAGGCCCAGAGAUUGUUGAAUCAAAUCCACCAGAAAAAUUCGAACCUUUAUACAAACCUAAUACAGAAAUCAACGAGAAAAUCUCUUUUUGGAUGAGAGGAAAUUCUGUAAAAUUAGAGUGCGACGCAGUCGUCAAUGCGGCCAAUUCUCAUCUCUAUCCAGGUGGUGGCAUCUGUGGAGUGCUCCACAGUGCUGCAGGAGAAGCUAUGGAAAGAGAAUGUUCAGAAAUCGGAUAUACCCCUACAGGAAAGUGCGCUGUUACUCUUGGAUACAAUCUUCCUGCUAAAUACUGCAUACAUACCGUUGGACCAAUUGGUGAACAACCUGAUAAACUACAAGAAGCUUACGAAUCUACAUUAAGCUGCAUAGACGGCAAAAAAAUCAGAUCAGUAGGUUUAUGCUGCAUAUCUACAGGAAUUUACGGCUAUCCAAUAGAGAAUGCAACCCCAAUUGCACUGAAAGUUGUUCGAAAAUUUUUAGAAGAUCCAAAUAACCGUGAAAAGACGGAUAGAAUUAUAUUUGUUGUGUUUGAACGAAGAGAUGUUGUUGUUUAUGAUAGAAUGCGCCAUAUUUACUUCCCUCUUGACAUUGAAUACAAAUUCGAAGAGGAAGAAAAGCCAGAAGAAGAAAAUAAGACAGAAACACCAGAAGAAAAGAAGAUAGAGGAAGAAGAAAAGCCACAAGAACAAGAAGAAAAGGCAGAUGAAGAAAAGAAGACUGAAGAGGAAGAAAAAUCUACAGAAACACAAGAAGAGAAGACUAAAACUGUUACUUUCGACCCUGCAGCUCUUCCUGGUGCUUCAAAUCAUAAUUAA